CCAACCAACACCACGACCCCGCUCACCAUCACGCUGGGUGGGCAAUAGCCCCCAUACUACAUCAUCACAAUGCCGGAACAAAGCGGCGCUAGGAUUCGCGACGACAUCUCAGAACGUACGGCCCUCCUGGCUGCACAGCAGGAGGAGAGACGUGGAGCGAGGCGGACUGGUCGGGCACGCCACUCGACGAAUCCCGAUCCGGAUUCAGGAGAGCGUCUCAGCAAGAGAAGCAAAGCUGGCUUCACGCUUGGGAUUCUGCUUCUCUUCGUAAAUCUCUUCACAACACUCUACCUCUUCCUCUCCCUUCUCCUCCAACCAAUCGCCCCGUUACACCUCCCUCUCCCGAUCAAAGCCAACAGCCCCGCCCUUCUACUCUGCUUCAACCUCCACCUCAUUGCCCUGCUAUGCGUGCUACCUUCCCUAUUCAGCCAAGAGACCACCAAGCGAAGCGGGCUUGCCUCACUACUUCAUCAGGCAAGCCUGGCGCUCGUCGUCGCGCUGGGAGUAGCCGGAGUCGCAGCCGCAGAGCAUCGUGCCAGCGGGCUGGCGAGCACAUUCCUCCCCUCGCUGGGCGUCUUGCUGCUCAGCCUGCCCUGGUCGAGGGCAGGAAAGAGUGCCCCCGUGGAGGACGCGAGCGUCGAGACGGUCAUUGCGUCGACUCAUCGGCCGCGGUCUCGCGCCCGCUCUUGGCUUCAUACGUCCCUCUCCACGCUACUCUGCAUCGGCCUCGCCCUGUUGCUGGGCAAUCUUGUGCUGGACGGGCUCGCACAAAGGGCGCCAGAGGGACCAAUCGAUCUGAGCGUGCUAGACGAGCAGGAGAGAAGAGUGUGGGUGGACCUCUCCCAGUCUCGAUACCUCGAGUCCCUACGCGGCGACACCGUUUCUUCUCUGCGGUCCAUCCCGCCCUUCCGGCUCCACCUGGGCGUGGAGAAUGCGCCAAAGAGGAGAAACAGCAGCGACCUAACGCCUCUCGACUUCGACUCCGACUCCGACUCUAACUCCACCGAGCCUCUCACAGCCCUCUUCUUCCCCCCGCUCCACACCGCCACACCCGGUCGCGCCGCCUCACGCUGGCUGCGCCACAUGGUACGUCGCACCGCUCACCUACCCGCCCACAAUCCAAACGGCACGGGAGACGGUCACCUCGCCCUGCGCCGAGCCGUGUGGUUCGACCCGCCCGGCGUAGGCUCCAGUGAUCUACCCAGCUCCAACGUUGGCGCGGCGCAGCCUCGCCUGGACCUUGCCGCGCUCGCCCUCCUCCACGCCCUAGACACGCUAGACCUCAAGGGCAACCUCUCCCUCAUCUGCCUUGGCUCAGGCGCCUUGUUCUGCGACAUGUUUCGCUCCCACCUCCCGGCGGAGCGACUCCACUCCCAAAUUCUCAUCGACGCGCAGACGGCUCACUCCUUCUACGGCAAUGACGUGGCACCCUCUCUGCGCGUGGGGCAUAAUGCACCGGGGCACAGCACCCUGUUUGGACUAGCGCGGAGAGACGUACUACCCGCUCUGCUGGGCCCUCUGUUCCCUUGGAGUCUGACGGGAGCCAAGAGCCCCGCAGAACGACUGACCAGCCUCGCCUGGCGACAGGAUGCCUCCUCCGGUCUUUCCUCCCCGAUCUACGAGGCGCUACAACGUAUCGAGGAGUCGCGUCGCUCCGCCCUCUCCUCACGCCCUACGGCGGUGCUGAGCUCCUUCUGGGCUCUCCCGCGACGAGAUUGUGCGAUGGGCGAGGGAGGGGGGAUCCUUGGUCGGAUGGUGGAAGCCGCGUGGUCAAGGCGGGGAGGGGGAGAGGUGGGAAGAGGGUGGCGAAGAAGGAAUCUGUGGUCUCAAAGGGGCUGGAGGGAAGACCUGGUGCGAGGAGGCGGUAAGGAAGGUGUUGGGGUGGGAGAUGGGGAGACCGAAGCCCGAAAUGGGGGAAGCGUGAUCGACAGCAGAGAGUUUCGACUGGCACUGCGAGCAGACAUGAGGAGCGCGAAUACGAUACCAUCUCCACCUCUUUGAGAAAGGCACUACAAGGUGACGCGGUGCCCCUUCCAUCUCGGCUUGGCUGUUGAGCCAACGAUAUCUCGGUAAGCCCGCAAUGAGCGUCGAGAUCACGUCCUUUCCAACGAGAGCGAUGCGAAGUGUGCAUCGCAGCGGCGGUGAAAAUCAAAAUCUAUGCCUGGAUGCAGCGCCUCGUACAGCCGACAAUGC